UGUGUGUGCAAGCGUCUUUCCAGGCGAGCGUGCGCGGGGCCACCUCCCUCUCCGCUUCAGACUGCGCCCAUCCCCCCUACGGCGCUGCUCCUGGCCGCCCUGCCCCCUCCCUCCGCCGCAGGCCAGCUCACCCGUGCCACGCCAGCGGAUGGGCUGUCCAUCCGCUGGUCUUCCUCCCUCCGCGUGGACGCCUCUGGGCACGGUGCCCUCCUCGGCCCCCUGGGAGCCGUGCUCAGGUCGUGCCUGCCCCUGAGGAGGCCCUUUGACGUGAGGUGCUUGCUUUCCAGGAUGGACUUCCCCAGCCCCCUCCGCCCGGCCCUCUUCACAACUGGUCCCCUCGGCAUGAGUGACGGCCCCGACUUGUCGUUCAUGUGUAGCUGGAGAGACGCCCUGACCCUCCCAGAGCCCCCGCUGCCCGGCUCCCAGCGUGGGGCGCCGUGCCCGGCCCAGGACCUGCUGUGGGAGCCAGCGCUGCCGGGACCCGUCCCCCUGCUGCCCCCCAGUCCCGAUCCCUGGGACCCCGGGGUGACAGCACGUGACCUCCUCUUCCGGUGCGCGUACCACUACCGGAGGCAGCCCCAGGCUGUGCUGGACGUCACUGAGCAGCUCAGCCACUUCCUGUGGGACCAUGGGGACAUGGCCUUCGCGCCCCUGGGGAGGCUGAUGCUGGAGAACUUCAAGCUGGAGGGAAGCCGGAGCCGCUCCAAGAAGGUGACGGUCGUCAAUGUCAAGAACCUGCUCCGGGACCUCAGCGGACACCAGCCCUGGGGGUGUCCCUGGGCUCACCUCAGCCACCGGCAGCGCCGCUUCUCCAUCCUCGGGGGCCCCGUCCUCAGCAGGGCGGUCUCGAGCCUGCUGGGGCGUCUGCUGCGCGAGGAGCUGGCCCUGCGCUGGGAGCAGCUGCUGCUGGACGAGGCCUUCACCGGGGGCGCCCUGGCCUGGCUGCCCGGCAGGACCGCGGGCACCGGGCAGCUGGUCUACCCCACCGGAGGCGCCCUGGACCAGCUGCAGCUCCAGGAGGUCAGCCUGACAUCCACCGGCGACCCUCAGGUCCUGGGGGACCCCGGAUGCAUCCAGCUCCGGGGCCCCGUGCGCCAGGUUGUCACCCGCACCGUCCAGGGAGAAGCGCUUCUGGCCGUCCGCUCUGACUACCACUGCGCCGUGUGGAAGGCGGGCGGGCAGGGCCGGCCGGCCCCUCUGCAGGUGCUCCGGGUGGAGAAGGGCGCCACCGGGGUCAGCCUCAGCCCCCACCUGCCGGGGGAGCUGGCCGUGUGCAGCCGCUCCGGAGCCGUGUGUCUGUGGACGCCCCACGACGGGCUGCAGCAGAUCUACAAGGACUCCGACACCCUCGUGUUUCGGGACCUUUCUCCCUGGCGCUGGGCAGACUUCACGGCCCACCCUCGGGUGCUCACCGUGGGUGACCGCACCGGUGUGAAGAUGAUCGACACGCAGGCGCCCCCGGGCUGUGGGCUGAUGCUUUUCCGAGGGGGAGCAGAGGCUUCCUGCCAGAAAGGGGAGCGCGUGCUGCUCGUCCAGUACCCGGGCCCGGCGGCCGCCACACGUCUCCCGCCCACGCUGCACCUCAUCUGCACCCAGUUCUCCCUCUACCUGGUGGACGAGCGCCUCCCCCUGGUGCCAGUGCUGAAAUGGGACCACGGCCUGGCCUCCCCGCCCCUGCUGGCCCGCCUGCUGCCUCCUCCUGGCCCCAGCUGCCCCCAGCCUCUGCUUCUGGGGGGCCAGGGGGGGCAGCUGCAGCUGCUGCACAUCGCAGGAGAUGGGGCCUCCCCACCCCGGCUGGCAGCACCCCCCCAGUCCCUGCCCUCCAGCUCCGACUCCCUCUCUGCCUUUCCCCUGCUGGAUCCCAAGAGCCAGCAACAGCUGCAAGAGCGGCUACAAGCUCCGACCAUAGGCCUGUCGGCCACCCUGGCCCCCCAUGCCUCCUCCGCGCCGGUCCUGUGCGUCUUCCAGCUCUCGGCCGCAGGGGACGUGUUCCACCAGCGCCUCUGCCUGCAGGCGGCCCCCAGCCUCAGCGAUGCGGGGGCUCCGGGUGGCCCCGGGCCCCGCCGCCCUCCUGCCAGCGCGGCCGCGCCAUCCUGGGACUCGCAGGCCGCUGCCCACUGCCGCCGAUGGCUGGAGGCGCUGCUGCAGGUUCCCCCUGCACCCCCUCUGUGGACCGCACCCACCUUCUCGCACCGCCAGCUCCUGGGCCGCCUGGAACUGCAGCAGGGCUCCGGGAGGACGGCAGAGCGGCUCCGGACGGCCAUGGCGGAGGGGCGGCUCCUGCAGCGCGGGGACCUGGGCCCCCCCCUCCCUGCGGCAGAGCCGCCCCCCGCCCCCGAGCCGGGCCCUCGGGACGAGCUCACUGAGCGGCUGGGGGAAGCCUGGGCCGGCCGGGGCGCCGCCGGGUGGGGGAGACAGCAGGACCAGGCCUCGGGGCCCAGGAAGCAGGCCAGGCGCUCCAAGCGCCGGACUCAGCUGUCCAGCACCUUCUCGCAGACCAGUUGCAUGGACGCCCUAGACGACCCCGGCAGCCCUGGCCCCGGCCAGAGCCCCCCAGGGGCCAGGUCCCAGCCCCCAGGAACACCGCCCUCCCGGGCGUCCGGAGUCCCCUCAGAGCGGCGGCAGCCCCUCCAGGACCGCGCGGCCGGGCUGCCGGCUCAGGCCAGCCCCGAGCGGGCCACCGCGCCCGCCUCCAAGCCCACACCCAGCCUCCCCGGCUCCCAGCCCUCCCGGAAGAAGCCGCGCAUGGGCUUCUGAGGGCCCCGUCGGCUGGAGUCGGGUGGGAGCGGGGGGAGCAUCUGCUUGGUUUGCGUGCAGUGCCGUCCCCUGGGACCUGCUGUGACACCCCGAUUCUGCAGGGCCCCCUGCAGGAUGUGUGGGUCCCCACCUAGAAGGAACAGCAAGCAGUCUGCACUGUGCCAACAACACGUUUAUAAUCACAUCACCUGACUGCAUUAGCCACGUGUCUGUGUACAGGGAACCUGGGGUCCCACACAGGAAGGGGCGGUGCCCGGGGACCCCUCACAGCCCUCUCAAAAUGGGCUCCGUGGCCGCCCUUCGGGAGGAAGGGUAGCCCGCACCCACUCGCUGUCCCUGCCAGUUUGAUGGUGAGGGGUUCAGUCCAAGCCAAACUCAAUGUCCUCUCGGCCUGUCCCUGCGCUGAGCUUGGCCACAGACCAUGCCUCGUGCCUUUCCGUUCUGUCACCUAAAGACAAGAAGAAGAGAAGGCCACUCAGUGUCCCAUUGGUGGUGUCACGCGGCUUCCUGCCUGCGGGUCCCCCGUUCUCCAGGGCAGUAGACACUCGGCCCGCUGCCCUUGCCG